CCAGACUCGCCCGACAGCCUCACACCCGUUCCCUGUUCGCUUACGCUGCCUGAGGUUAUGUUUACUUGUUUCAUAUAACUCAAAAGUUCUUAUUUCUUAAAGUAAAUGAUGGAUAUUGAAGCGAAAAUAAGAGAGGACAUGCGCACCCUUGGCUGCAGUUCUGACUUAAAAAUAUCACUGGCUUACCACCUCUACGUAUACUUAGUGGAUGUAAAACUAAUGUAUGACACCGAAUACUGUUACAAUAAAGACGUAGACACUUUAUAUAUAGUCGCGAGGCCUAGUAAACGGGAUAAAAUGAACAUAUACGUGCCCGUCCCUACGCAUGAAGAUGUUAAUAUGGAGUUUAUUGGUGUUUUGCAGCAGAAUUUGUGUACAAUUGAGACCGGACCUAGUAUUAAUUUAGCUCUCAUCGACGGGGAUUCGUCGACAGUUAUCUAUACAUUUACUAAAGGUAUAGUUGAGAGGCCGACGCCCGAGAAGGUGGCCGAGAGGAGAAUGCGGGAGGAGCGGAGAAUGUUCAUUGACAAUGAACUGAAGAAGAAAAAGAACGAUAUUCUGAACGACGCAAUGAAUGGAGGGUUUGUGGACGACGACGAGUGUCAAGUGAUUGAGUGAAGUGUGUGCGAAGUGGAAAUUGGACAAUAAAUCAAAUAAGUGAGUCUGGGCAAUCCAGUAAAAUUGACAGAGGAAUAUUUUAUUUUAUUGUUGAGAUUUGUCUGUGAUUGAUGCUGUGAAGCUAGGGUUGCCAUCUCUAAAAUUUGGGAACCAGGACAAAACGCGUGAAAACCCUGGAUUUUAGAGCUCAGAACCCAGACAUGUCAACAGGUUUGUCGUGUUGCGGGUGGCCAAAGACUUUAAACUUUUAAACCCGGACUUCAAAUGAAGCCCGAGCCGGGCGCUCCCCGGAUACCCUCUAAACUAGGACAAAUCCGGGGAAACCCGGACGGAUGGCAACCUUAUCUGGGCGGGACAUGUUGCCAGACAGAGUGAUGGCAGGUGGGCCAAAAUGUUAACGGAAUGGUGGCCGCUUUCAGACGAAAGGAGUGCCUGGCGUCCGUUGGCUCGUUGGGUGGACGACAUUCGGAAGACUGCGGGUCACUUCUGGAUGAGAUUGGCUCAGGACCGGGAUAAGUGGCGUACGCGAGGAGAGGCCUAUGCUCAGCAGUGGGCGAUAGAAGGCUGAUAUGAUGAUGAUGAUGAUGAUGAUGA